CCGUAGCGCCAGGAAGCAAAAGGCAGUCCUUUCUUUAACCAUCCUCGCCUCUCCCCUUUCGCUGCGUCCGAGACGACGACGCGGCCGCCGCCAUGCCGAAGCUGAGCAAAGAGUCCAAGCAGCGCCUGCAGCACUUGUUCAAGGGCGGGCAGUUUGCCAUCCGGUGGGGCUUCAUCCCGGUAGUACUCUAUCUAGGUUUUAAGAGAGGUGCGGAUCCUGGAAUGCCUGAGCCAACCGUUCUAAGUCUGCUUUGGGGAUGAAGGAGUUAACCACAGCAUUCUGGAAGCCGCUGCUGAGCAGGAAAAAAAGAUGGAGAUGCAUACAUUCCAAAGGCUAGGAAAAACAACACUGAGCUAUGCCACUGGCAAGCAGACUUCCUUGACAACAUGGAAUAUGCUUACAACAUAAUGGAAUUUCCAUUGGGUCUAAUUUAUUUGUGUUAUGCUUUCAUUUUUUCCCUUUAGAAUAAAUAUUUUGUCUGAAA